AUGCCCAAGGAAGUCAAGCAGAAGAGCGGCCUCGCUCGCGGCAUCAACGCCGGCCACAAGGUCACNCCCCGCCAGCCCGCUGCCCGCGUUUCGCGCACCAAGGGUCAUCUCAGCAAGCGCACCGCUUUCGUCCGUGACGUUGUCAAGGAGGUUGCCGGUCUCGCCCCCUACGAGCGCCGCGUUGUUGAACUUCUCCGCAACUCCAAGGACAAGCGUGCCCGCAAGCUCGCAAAGAGAAGAGUACGCCAUGACCAACACCGUCCCGACCUGGAAAGUCCCUCGCUAACACAAGACACANNGCUCGGUACCUUCGGUCGCGCCAAGAGAAAGGUCGACGAGAUGACCAACUACAUCGCCGAGUCCCGUCGCGCUGGUCACUAA